UAAAACGACAAAUUUUAAAUUUGAUUCUUAAUUUUCCAUUGGUCAAAUCAUCAUCAUCAUUACUUUACUUUUAAAAACAAAACAAAAAAAUUACAAUAUAAUGCUGUUAAAUCUUAUAGGAACAAGGACAAGACAUAAGUUAUCCGGUAGCGGAGUGGACACCAAGAACCAUAAUUUCUGUUGGAUCCUGAAUUAUUAUCUGUUAGCCGGAAACAUUUUGGCCAUAUACACCUCGGCCCUGAGUAUACAACUAGAUCCCAAGGAUAAAAAUGACAAAGAUAACGAUAAAUAUGACGAAUACGCGGGAAAAUCGGGGGAAAGUAUCGAUAAAACCAUUUUAAACAUGGAUCGCCCCCAAAAUCUAAAGAUUAUGGGCGAUACCGUGCGAUAUAACUUUCUUGAAGGUGAGCUACCCUACAAAAAUAAUCCCACUUUAUACCCUGGCCAGUCGGAUCGAUUUGCCAAAGUUAAUGGGCACUACGAUAACAAAUUGACCGAAGAAGUUCCCGCCGUUAUUAGAAAGAAGAGACGAUCGGGCCCUAAAAAAAUAGAUCCACUCGAUGCGCUACCCUCCAGCGCCGACGACACCUUGUGCGGUCUCAAUAACAUGGUAUUUCAGUUGAAAAGUGAUGACAAGUUUGUGGCGACUGCGGAAGAUAAGAACGAAGGAACGGAUAGAUUAUCAAAAAUGAUACACAAGUUGGACACCCUAUCCAAAAUUAGGGACCGAUUAUUGGUUUCAAAGGAAAAAUCGAAGGCGCUCCUACAAAAAAUGGUGGAAACGGAAAAUAUCUAUUUGUCAGUUUGGAAAUUGAUUCUGCAAUCGCCGAUAAAUAACGACGAAGCGAGAAAAAUAUGCGAUUCGGAGAAACUGGCCGCAUCGAAAAACCUUAAAGCCAAGCAAGAUUAUUUAUUGUCGAAAAUCAAAUUCUUAAAUUCGGUGCAAAAAAUUUUCGGGGAGAUAAAAAAGGAUUCAAUGCUUCACCAUGACAUAUUAUACAUUGAUCAAAUGCAGGAUAUAAACAUUCAAAAUACGCUCAUCCUAUGCAAUUUCAAAAUAUUUCUCAAAAUUUUUCGCAUAUACAAUGAGAAAAAUUCGCCCACGAUAGCGGGCGAUGUUUUCGAUGAUUCGAAUCGUCCAAAUAAUAAUCAUAAUCAUGAUAUUCGAGGGGGUCCGAAUUUGAUUCACGAUAUCCUUUUUUUGUUAUACAACUGUGAUACGUCUAAAUACAAUUUAAAUAUCAAUACAAAAAGAGCCACCACCAAUCUAAACAAGAAUAAUGAUAGAAAUGAUCUAAUCAACACUAGCAUAUCGAACUUGAUGGUGUUCCCUUUAAAGGAGAGAAGUCAAAGAAUGAUAAGAGACGUUUUGAUAAUCGAUGCCUACGUUAAUAGUUUAGAACAUUUAUCGGAUGUGGUAAAUGGCAUGAUCGAAACUCAAUUUUUAUUGACGAAUUACGUCAAACGUCAAUAAAAAAGCGAUUUUAAAUCGUAAGUCACAUGUCGAUCAUUAUUAUUUUAUAUAUUAAAAUGACAAAAAUAUGCAUCUUCGCCAGCAUUCU